UUGAUACUCACGCAUGGUCACAUGUUAUAAGUUAAACUAGCUAAAUUUAGAUAAGAAAGAAAAAGGAAUAUUAAGGGACUUACCGAUUUUUUCAGAUCAGAGAGAAGAAUUAUCAUAACCUGAAAAAUGUCAAAACCUGAAGGUCCGCCUCCAUCUUACCAACAGUCUGGCUACCCUCCCCAGACUGGGUACCCUCCACAGGCUGGUUACGCUCCACAACAAGGCUAUGCACCGCCGCCACCACAAGGAUAUACACAACAGUCAUCUAAUGUUGUUGUUGUUACCCAGCCACAGCAAGUUGUCGCCGUUGGAAGUUGUCGAGUCUGUGGGGUUGGUCAUGUUUCAGAAAAUUUCACAGGACUGGGUAUUAUUCUGGCGAUUUGUUUCUUUCCACUUGGAGUUCUGUGUUGUUUCCUUUUGAUGGAAAAGAGAUGUGAUAGAUGCGGAGCAUCAUUUUAAUGACAUGUUUUAGGCCUCGUUAAGGGCAUCAUUUUUUUGGACGUAUUUCAGACUGUUUUAUACAUCAAAUAGUCGCAUUCAUUUUAAAUAAACAAAACGAUGAUAUAAAAUCUAUAACUGACAUUAGUUUAUAUAUCAAAAGAACUGAAAUUUGUACAAAAAAAAAACAAAAAAACAAAACAAAACAAAACAAAAACAAAACAUUUACAUUAAUAUUGAUUCUGUGCACCAUUCCAAAGCGUCUUGUUUGUUUGUACUAUAUUAUUAUAAUUGUGGAAAUAAAUACAGUUUAAACCAAA